CUCAAGAGUUUUAUUUCAGAUUUUCAUUCAGGUCGGAGAUUGGAUGAUGAAGAAGCAGAAACUAUCGAAGACAAAACAUUAAACAGAGAUUUUCUGUGCAAAUCUGAAAGGCCAAUUCAGCGCGCACACCAUGGAAGAUUCAAAUGAAGUUCAUUCAGAUGAGAAUAAAGCUUCCUCUGAUAAUAAGAAAAGAGUACUCAAGACACCAGCCCAGCUUAUGGCUUUGGAGAAAUUUUAUAAUGAGCAUAAGUAUCCUACCGAGGAAAUGAAAUCACAACUUGCGGAGGAGUUAGCAUUGUCAGAAAAGCAGAUAUCUGGAUGGUUUUGCCACAGAAGGUUAAAAGACAAAAGAUUGUCUAGGGAUGAAACAUGUGCUAACGGACGGCAAGAUCGUUCAAGUGGUGUUAUUCAGGAUCGUGCUAGUGGACUUGGGCAAGACUCAUGUGGUAGCACUAAACAUGGAGACUAUAGGUAUGUUGAUCCUAGGGAGGUUGAAAGUCGGAGGCUUUCUGGGUAUGAACUCCCAGCUGCAGAUCUCACUCGUGAGAACCGGAUUCAUUAUACAGAAAGAGUUAGCAUGGAUAAUACAUCUUCAGAAAGUAGCUCAUCUUUACAAGAUAGGUUUCUUCCUCAAACCGAAGAUCCAUACGAUAUGGAGACAUCUAGAUAUGCAACUGAUAAUGGGGUCUUUUCACCCUUAAGUUCGAAGGGUACUGAAAACAUGGGAUAUAAGCCCUCAGGGUAUUUGAAAGUCAAAGGCGAAAUAGAAAAUGCUGCUAUUACAGCUGUUAAAAGGCAACUUGGGAGGCACUUUCAAGAGGAUGGUCCACCGUUAGGAGUAGAAUUCGAUCCACUUCCUCCUGGUGCAUUUGAAUCCCCUAUUAUGGAUCCCGUGCAAGAACCGUCAAUUGGUGCGGAUGCUGUUGGUCUUGUGUCCCCUGACACAUUCGGAGUGAAAAAGGAAUCAAGUCCAAGCACUAGAUAUGAUUUAUAUAAUUCCAAAUUAAGUUCCGCGGGUAUGUAUACGUACCCGGAAAGUCGUGGUUUGAUGCAUGGGGUUGAUAUGGUGGAUAGGAAAUCUCGCAAGAAAUUGAGGCAAAAGUCCACUUAUCUUAAAGAUUUCAAUUCUUCUGCUGGACAAAACUCUUCCUUGGAUAUGUAUGAUAAAUUCCCUGGAGGAAUGUCAGGUUAUAAUGGCAAUAGGAAGAACAGAAUGAGCUCUAAGCAUGGCCACCGUGGUAGGAAAAUCACUAGUGAAAUAACAGAGCCAUGGCCAAAGGAGUCCGAUAAAGUUUGUAGCCCCAACGUUAGAGCCAAGUCAAAGGCCUCAAAUUCUAUAGCUAAGCAUUCCGAAACUCAUGACACAGAGAGAGGACUCUUUACAAUGAUCCCACGGGAGGAGAAAGUUGAUGGAGAAUGUAAGGCGGUAAAAGACUACCACAAUCCACUUAGAGUAACGAAGAUAAAUGAAAUGGCGGUUUCAAGACAAGGCAGAGUUAAUUUUCCUCAACAAGACUAUGUGACAAAUGUGUCGUAUUCUCAAAUUCCAGAGCGUCAAAAUUAUAUUAAAGGAAUCAUGGAUAUGCCAUCUAGCUUCAGUGAGGAUGAAACUGCAGAAACAAACUCUUCAGUUGAUUGAGGAUCCCACAAUUGAAGGAUGACUGGCUUGAAGGGCUCACAGGUCUAUAGAGAUGUACAGUUGAGUAGAUGUAUUAAAUUAAAAUUUUAAAUACAUCGGAAAUGCUAUAUGUGGCAGUAUUCAUUAUGAUAUGUGUAGCAAUAUAUAUUUUUUCUACUUCAAUUUAUACUUCAUUCAAGAGAAGAUAAAUGGUGACAGUACAAUUGUAAUUCUGAUCAGUCUGGAUCUGCUAAGAGUAGGGUAUUAAAAUUAAAGCGGAUCCAAGUUUCAACAAUGCUAUUCUUUUUGCUGUUAA